AUGUCGGAAAUUGAAAAGCCCGUUGAAGAAGCUCCUGCUGUUACAAGUGCAGGUGCUUCCAAUGGAGCUGCUGCCGGCCAAACAACAACAAAGUCUCCAACUUUUCUCGACAAGCUAUCUAUGUUCACUGUUGGAAAGAACCGGGGACAAUUGCCGACUGAAAAGGAUGUAGCUACGGAAUCAGACGAGAAUGCGGCUCCUCCACCUCCUCUCACUUUCUGGCAGAAGGUGAAACUCCACUUCAGACGUUACUGGAUCUGCCACCUGAUCGUACUUAUCAUUCUUUUGGCUAUCUUGCUCCCUUGCCUUUUCCUAUUGAUCAUACCUGCAAUUGCGCAGGAUUUACUUAACAGUGGCUCAAUUGUAAUCGAUUCCGCGUCAAUUCUACAGCCUACCAACAAUUCCGUGAUACUUUCUAUUGCUUCGCACAUCUACGUUCCCGGCCCAUUCACUGUACACACGGAUGAAGAACAUCUUCAGCUGUAUGUUCCUCAAGUUGGAUCCGACUACCCGAUGGCUCUCCUGAAUCUGCCAGCAGCAAGUGUUCAUAAGAACACCUCUAUUGGAGAGAACGGCCAGUACACUGUAUUUGAGAACUACACAUCAUGGCAGAACUUUGUCCACAAUACCAUCUUCCUGAGUGCUGGUAGUUUGGGUCUGAAAGGCAAAAUUGGUACGCAGCUUGGGAAGAUUAAGAAAUUUACUCUGGAUUUGGACAAGCAGGUUCCUUCCAAUGGACUGGCACAAUUUAGCGGAUUCAGCAUCGACUCUGCCAGCUUGGUUCUACCAGCCGAAAGUGAUGGCACGAAUCUCAUUGCGAAUGCGACCUUGCCGAACCAGUCUGUACUGACUCUUGAAAUCGGUAAUACAACUGUUGAUAUCAAGGCCGGUAACCUUACGAUUGGUAAAGGCAUUAUCGAGAACCUCUACUUGAAACCCGGAAACAACUCGGUACAGAUCCGGGGUACUGCGAACUUAACCACGAUUCUUGAUAACCUCAGCUCGCUCAUUGCCCAGCAAAAAGAAUACAUCAAAAACGGUUAUCUGUCACUCACCACCCAGGUUACCGACAUCUCGUAUAACGGAAGCACAGUUCCAUACUAUACCGAGGAGAUGGGUAACUUGCCUCUGACCGCACAGACACCUUUACUGGGAUUGUUACUCAACACACUGUCGGGCUUCCUGCAUAGCGGAGCUGCGAACACGACCAAUCUGACUUCGAUUCUCAAAAAUUACACAAGUAAUCGUGUGACCCGUGAUAACACUGAUGAUAUCCUCAACAACGCCACACAGUUGGAGGUCGUCGCCAGGCAUCAUUUAGAGAGAUUAGUCAAGUUAUAG